CUUCCAGUGCAUGCACAUCGUGCAGUCAGGCGGGUGCACUGAGAGGUGCUGUCUAUAGGGACGAGGAAGCAUGGCUCCACAGUGGGCCCUCCUCCUGGUCCUCACGACUCUGCUGGCAGCACUGGAGCUGGAACAGCAUGACCCCAGCAACGGAGGGUACUCCGGGUACUCAGAGCAGUGCCCCAGACCACAGUGGGAUGACAGACUCCAGUUUAGACCAGACAGAAACACUUAUGCAGUGGGUGAGGAACUGCGGCUGACCUGCCCUGGACGUCUCAAGCCCUCCUUCACCAUCGUCAUAUGUGCAAAGGAAUCUCUAGGACUGGGUUUUGGGAAACCUGACUAUGGAGGCGUCUGGCGGGGGAUGAACAGCACAGGUGCCUGGAUGCGCAUUGUAAGCUCCGUUUGGUGUGUUGCUCUGCCAGAAACAUGCCCAAGGCCCUGGUGGGAUACAAGACUCCGUCUGGCACCAGAUCUGCAGGAGUACAGGGAGAACGAAGAAGUGACGCUGAGCUGCUCUGAGGGUUUACAGCCAUCCUACACCCACGUCAGAUGUGCAAGGGAAAAGGGGGCUUUGGAUUAUGAUGGAUCUAUAUACAGAAACACGUGGCAGUGGAGGACAAGAUCUGGCAACUGGUUCCCCAUUGAUCAGACUGUGCAGUGCCUUGAGCAGUGCCCCAGACCGCAGUGGGAUGACAGACUCCAGUUUAGACCAGACAAAGACACUUAUGCAGUGGGUGAGGAACUGCGGCUGACCUGCCCUGGACGUCUCAAGCCCUCCUUCACCAUCGUCAUAUGUGCAAAGGAACCUCAAGGAUCACAUUCUAUCACACAGUACGUCUGGUCGGGGUGGAAGAGCUCUGGUGACUGGACCCCCACUGUAAGGACUGUAUCUUGUAGAGGUGCAGGGAAAUGCACGAAGCCACUGUGGGAUCCCAGGAUUCGUUUUGUCCCAGACAAGGAAUCCUAUAACCUCAAUAAAACGGUGACACUGAGGUGUUCUGACGGGUACCGGCCUUCUGCCACGGAGAUCACUUGUGUGAAACCAAGGCCACGCCAAGGCCUCCCAGCUCCUCAGAGCAUCUGGCUUAUGAAGAACAGCACAGGCUCAUGGCAGUUGGCAGCAGAAUACGUGAGAUGUGUGGAGGUGCUACAAGUUGUCCCUGGGACCCUGGAGGUUUCCAGCACCAGCAUCAAACUGAACUGGACCUGCAGCUUCCCUGAUGCCUGCCAGCACACGGAGGCCACGUGCCGGCUGGCAGGGCCUUCCUCACCUGCCUGUGAGGCUGAGGAGGCCUCUGGAGUGGAGCUCCUGCACGGCCAGAGGGGAACAUUCACCUGCACUUCCCUGCAGCCCUUCACUGACUACACCGUCACCAUCUCAGUGCCCCCCAGCACAGUGCUGUUUUCACGGGGGAUCAGGACAAAGGAAGCAGUGCCGCAGAAGCCGGAGCAGCUGCAGCUGGAUGCCCGCACGGGGACUCUCAGGUGGAAGGCGCUGCCCUCCUGCCGAGGGGAGAUCGUUGGGUACCAGCUGAACAUCACGGCCUGGGCCUCGCAGGACGGCGGCUUCCUGCACAUGGAGCGGCUGAGGCUGAGCGGGCAGAGCACGGAGCACCGGCUGCCCACAUACGGCCCCGGCACCAGAUAUGUGGUGGCCGUGCGGGGCCUCACGGCUGCGGGUCCUGGAGCUGCGUCGCUGUGGGAGUCCCACACCAACGGCUCAGAGACCCCAGGGCCGCCCCAUGGCUGCUCCCGCCUCGUGCUCGAUACCUCUCCAUCUCAGGGGACGGCCGUGCUUCCCCUGCACCCCAUCUCCCAGCCCCCCGAGGCAGUGAGUGAGCACCAGCUGCUCGUGGCCGUGACGCACAACAGCACGGUGCUGGAAGACGCCUGCUCGGGGGAGCUGCAGCCCUCCAACCACAGCCACCCGCCUGACCCCUACGUGGCCGCCGUGCUCAACCUCAGCGCACCCACGGACUUCGUGCUGGGUGACGGGACCCGCGGGCACGGCUUCCACAACGCUCCCCUGCACCCGGGAUGGGACUACAGCGCCCUUCUGCGCCUCGCCCGGCGCUCACCGCAGGCAGAGACGUUCACCUGCGUGUGCUACAGCUUUUCCAUGGGGCAGGAGUCGAUUCCUCUGCUGCACAGACUGCAUGUGCUGAUGGCACUUGUGCUGGCUGCUGUAGUCCUGGCACUGGGGAUUUUCCUGCUCCCCCUUCUCAUCUGGCAAAAGCGCAACAGACCAAAAGCCUCUGAGAUCAACAGCGGUAUCCCCCUCCGAAAGCGCUGCAGAGGUGCCAGCGGUCUGAAUACACUGAUCCCAGUGGAGGAACUGCUGGAUGCUCUGAAGGAGCUUCAAAGGGCAGAGAUAGAGGCAGAGCAGAUGGAAGAUGAAUCAGUCAACAGGCACGAGGCAGGGCGUCUGGGCGAGUACCAGAAACUGGCCUCCUCUCUGUGCCACUCCUGCAACGCUGGGAAGGAGCUGUGUAACGAGGGCAAGAACCGCUACAGGAGCAUCAUCCCAUAUGAUCACUGCCGCGUGGUGCUGCAGCCCUCUUACACAGGGAACGACUACAUCAACGCCAGCUACGUGGAUAGCUACCGGAGCCCACGCUUCUUCAUUGCUGCUCAAGGCCCUUUGCCUGGGACGGUGGUGGAUUUCUGGCAGAUGGUCUGGCAGGAGAAGAUCUCAGUCAUUGUGAUGUUGACAGGAUUGGUGGAGCAGAACAAGGUCAAGUGCGAGCAGUACUGGCCAGAGCAGCAGCAAGUAUAUGGGGACUUCACUGUAACACUCAACAACACCAGGACCACCACAGGCCUUAUUACACGUGUCUUCUGCCUGCAGAAGGCAGGCUGGGCUCUCCCAAAAGUGGUGGAGCAGUUUCACUACCUGCAGUGGCCAGACCACGAUGUGCCCAGGAACCCAUCCCAGCUGCUGUGCCUGGUGGAAAUGGUGAACAAGAGUGGGUCAGAAUCUCCUACGGGCCCUGUGCUGGUGCACUGCAGUGCAGGGAUUGGGCGGACAGGCACCUUCAUUGCCCUGGACUUUCUCCUGAAGAUGGCAAAGGCCGAGGGAAAGGUGGAUGUGUUUCACUGCGUGCAGAAGCUGCGGGAGCAGCGGAUCGGUAUGGUGCAGACCAAGGAGCAGUAUGCCUUUUUGUAUGAGGUGCUGCUAGAAGGUUUGCUCUGUGGCUGCACUGGGGUGCCAGUGGAGAGAGUUGCCAGUCACAUCAGCUGCCUCCAAGGAGCUGAGACCCAAAGCCAGAACAGUGUCCUGGAGAAGGAGUUCAAGGCAGUGCAGAAGUUUUCUGAGUUGUUCCAGCUCCUGCCGUGCAGAGAAGCGGAGAAACCCAGCAACCAGCCCAAGAACCGCAAGCCAGGAAUCCUGCCAGCCGACUUCUUCCGGCCCAUCCUGAUGUCCUCGCUGAACGCUGACGGCUCGCCGGCCUACAUCAACGCCGUGUUUGCCAGUACGUACAGCAAGGAGGACAGGCUGAUCAUCACCCAACUGCCCUUCUCCAGCACUCUGGUGGAUUUCUGGGCUCUGGUCUGGGAUUACACCUGCACCUCAGUGGUUGUGCUGAACCAGCUUCAGGAGCUGGACAAGACAUACGUGGAGGUCUGGCCCACCCAAGGCAGAGCCGUCCAUGGCCACUUUCACAUCCAGUGGAUCUCCAAGGAGCCUAGAGCUGGUUUCACAGUCUGGGCACUGGCACUCUCCAAUAGGCAGCAGCCCAAGAAAGCUGCAAUGAAAGUCCACUUCUGGCAGCUGGAGGACUGGCCUAUGCAGCAGCAUCUUCCCCCCCACCCCAGCACCAUCAUCAACCUGCUAGGGAAGGUGGAGACGCACCAGCGGCAGAGCCAGGAUGGGCACAUCCUCGUCACUUGCUGGGAUGGUGCCAGCCGGAGUGGGAUCUUCUGUGCUGCCAGCUUCCUGUGCGAGCAGAUCCAAAGUGAGGGGCUGGUUGAUGUAUCCCAGGCUGUGAGGAUGUUGAAGAGGCGGCGGAGGCAGCUGAUUAAAGAUGUGGAACAGUAUGGGCUGUGCUACAAACUAGCCCUCAGUUACUUGAAUUCAUUUGAAACCUAUGGCAAUUUCAAGUAAGAGACGUGGUCACAGCUCAUCUCUGGCCAAGACUUCAGCCUUCUUGAGGAAGCACUGGAAACCAGAGGAGAUGUGCACAGCCCCAGCAUCACAUAAUCAUUAAAGUUGGAAAGACCACUGAAAUCAUCUAUUCCAACCAUUAAGCCAUCGAUGCUUUACUCCUCUCAUGAGCCACCCUAAGGGCCGUCUGCAGCUAGACAACACAGGCUGGACUGUCUCCAAAUUGUGGACAGAAUUUGAAACAUGAACAUGGCCCUUUGCUCAGAGUUUUGGCAGGACUUUACCUGGCACCACAACAUGACUUCGCUGAGCAGAGCAUAGGCACCAGGCCGUGAUGUAUCCAUGCCAAGGAUGCAGAGAACUAGCAUCCAGGCUCCCCUUCAGACAAUCUCAGUGAAAGGGGGGUAGCUGCACCAACACCCCAGUUGUGCUCAGUCAGGAGCACCAAACUACCGUGAGGUCUCCUCCAGGGCUGUAGCACAGGCCAUCUGUCCUGCUUUGGGGGAAGCAGCAAGCUCGUGUCCAAGAAGAGCCAGGGGAGGGAUAAUCCACAGCCCCACAGGGAGGAUUUAUUCCUUCCCACACCACACAGUCCCUUCCUGCUGCUGCAUCUUCCUGAUGCUGGUCCAGAUGCCACAGCCCUGACAGCGCCAGAGACGCUCUCUUACAAGCCUGCCUGCCCCAUCAUGGAAAUCCAAGUUGGAUGUCCAUACUUUGAAUGUUAUCUCUGCAGGUUACAGCCCAGGAGAGGCUGCUGCGCCACAGAGAACAUCUGUCAGGACUGACCCCAUAGUCCUAUCUGUGUAUUACCAAUAAAUGCUCUGUGAUGACUUCA